AAGACCAGUUCUAAACACAGCAAGAAAGUGGAGGGACUUCCACCUCUAGCACCGGGUUCACAUGACCGUAUGUUUGUGUACGAGGCGCCCACCAAGGACGUCAAUGAUGGCGACCAGACAGUGAAGGAGUAUCACAUCACGUUGCGCAAGAAAUCUGCCAACACUUCACUGGAUCUGGAUGUGGGCUACGUCAUCAUCAAAAACCCCACACUCCGGCAACGAAUCACGGCAGUCUACGAUACGGCGCGAAAACGGCAGCUGAGUAUUCGCAGUGCCUUGAAGCAUGGCAUCGCGGGCUUCGAGGGCGUCUCCUCAGAAUCCGAGGAGGUGCGGCUGAGUCAGGAACAGCAGAAACAACGCUUCUUCGUCUACGACACGGCCAACAGACAGAAACUCUCCUUCGAGGACGCCGUGCGCAUGGACAUUCUGAGUAUAGAUUCGUGCUCCAAUGAGAAAGUCAAUUUUUCGGAAUAUUCAAAAGACAAAUCCCUGAACCACGCGUUGGUAUAUAGAGUCGAGGGAAUAUUGUGUCCGGUUCGUCGUAGCGGUAGCAUGACCAAGGCUCCGGAAAGAAAGGACAUUUCCGACGAGUGGAUCACCUUCUCCAGGGCUCUCAAAAAUGGCCUAAUUGACAAGCAGACUGGGGACAUCUUUAUUUGUGAACACAGUGAUCCCACGGUAUGCCGAAUUCUGCCCUUCACCAAGGCCCUCGAACUGGGACUGGUCAAGGCGGUACCACUGAGGCACUGUCUCAUUGAACGUCUUCCGCGUCCCCUAUGCAUCUUCAUUUAA